UAUUGCUUAAAAAAUAUUGUUGAUUGAUUUGUGUUUGUGUCCAUGUCGCACGUGUUAACAUAAAAACAUACAGUUUAAGGUUAUAGUCAUGUAACUGAAUGUUUCGAUCACACAUCAAAAAUUCAAAAUUAUUGUAAUAAAUAAUGGCUAAACAAUACAAGACGUUAUACCCCGUCAAAUAUUACCGAGAUUAUGUCGCACACAACAUUCGUCCAGACGGGCGCGAAUUUGACCAUUACCGUCCGGUCAUCCUCAACUCAGACUCGAUAUCAAACUUAGAAGGAUCCGCAAUUGCAAAAAUUGGCAAAACAACAGUCAUUUGUGGAAUAAAAGCAGAAUUUUGUCAACCAAAACCAGACAAACCUAAUGAAGGCUUCCUGAUACCCAACUUGGAUCUGCCACCUCUAUGCUCACCAAAAUUCAAAUCUGGCCCACCUAGUGAUCAAGCACAAGCUGCCACCAAAGUAAUUGAUGACAUUAUUACAAACUCAGAGUGCAUAGAUUUGACUGAUUUGUGCAUUCACAAAGAAAAGCUUGCAUGGUGCUUGUACACAGAUCUGAUAUGUUUGGAUCAUGAUGGUGCAAUUAUUGAUGCCAGUUUGUUGGCAUUAUUUACAGCACUGAAGAAUGUAAGAUUACCAAGUGUGGAGUAUGAUGCAGCACUGGACAAUAAAAUUGUCAAUCUUGAGCAGUGGCAUCACUUGAAACUUCACUGCACACCAGUUUCAAGCACAUUUGCCAUUUUUGAAGAUGUGAUAUUUAUGGAUCCAACAGCAGAAGAAGAAUCUCUCUGUCAAGGUAUCAUUACAGUAGUGACAAAAAAUGAUAAAAUCUGCUCAAUAUUGAAACCCGGCGGCGCCACCAUCGCCGAACCGAAUCUUUUGGACUGCGUGAAAAUGAGCACCGCGCGCAGCAAACUCCUCACAAAAUUAAUGGAGACUGCGAGUGAAGAGUCCAAAGAUGAGCCGAUGUACAUGCCACCGAAAUUAGAAGUAUUAUCCGCUUAAUAAAUUCCACUCUCUGUAUUCGAAAGUAAGCUAUUAUUUUAAACAUGAAUAAAAGACGAAGCGUUCAAUAAAAAAAA